AUGUCUGGCUACGCCAUGCUCGGGAACGGCAUGUCCCAGGCGAGCCACGGGUACCACCCCAGGAUGCAGGCACCUGGUGACCUCUCCGCCGCGAUCUUGACCGCCGCGCAGUCUGUGCAGGCGUCGAACCCGAGCGCGGCCUACCAGUUGCUGCAGACCCUGCAGGGCUUGGCGUCCGAGGCCAACACGCCCGCGGCCACCGCUGGGCUGCUGGCGGGAGUGAACAUGGCGGCGGGCAGGCUUAGCGGCCCGUCGAUGGGCCCGCCGAUGGCGCAGGCUGCAGCCCGGCCGCCCAGCGGCGAGGCGCAACAGGCCGCCGCCUUCUGCGCCCAGGUGAAGGCCCAGGGCCGCACGGCCUCGGACGCGGAGAUCGCGUCGAUCAUCGAGCAGCGGGAGAGGCACCGGCACGCGAAGGACUACGGCAGCGCCGACAUGCUGCGGAACGCGUUGAGAGACAGUCUGGGUGUCGAGCUGAACGAGAAGGAGAAGCGCUGGGUGUCGAACGACGGUCGCAUGGGCGAGAUCCCGUCCUUCACCUCGCUGGGCUUGUGA